AUCAAUUACAAAGAUUUGAUUUCGCUGUAAACAUAGAAAUUAUAUUAUAAAUGUUUAAUUUUUACUAUAUAGUGUUAUAAAAUUUUACAUUUUUAUUUUUAAAUAUUUAAAAGUGUUGUAUAAUUAUUAAAGAAAAUAUAUAAAUAUGAUGUUGGUAAAAGAAGGAUUAUUCUGUUUCAUUUUAUUCACAUGGAUAUUGCUGAUCCAAGGUCGUCCUCAAGGGGACUCCAUGACUAAAACUUCAGAAAAACUAGAGCCAUACGAAUACCAAUACAAAGUGGAAGAUAAACCAAGUGGAAAUUACUAUGGACAAAACGAAGUUGGCAAGGAUACAGGUCGCAUAGAAGGAUCGUACUUUGUAUAUCUUCCGGAUGGUAGACUCAUGACGGUCACAUACUACGUUGAUGGAGAAAGUGGUUUUGUACCAAAAAUCACCUUCCAAGAUAAUGCUAGCCCAUUUGGCAAUACUGAAUCAAAUUCUAUUCAGAGAAGAUAGAACAAUUUAAUAGGUAAUUUGUACUCUUUUGUUUAAAUAUUUUCCAUACUUUAAAAAAUGCAUGCAAAAAUGAACAGAUAUCCUCGGCAUAACAUAACUGUAUAAUAUUACCUAUAGUAUGUACCUACUGUAUUAUAUACUGUACGUACGUAUUAUAACGCAAUUGAAAAAAAAAUAUUAUUGUUACUUGUUUGUAUUUAAUUAACUUCACAAUUUAACUUAAAAAUACAGACCCCUCAUUAUUGUACAUAAUAGAAAAUGUAUCCACCAUAUAUACACAUUUUACUUGCAUAACAAUAUAAAUGUUACGUCGGUACCUAUAUAAAUUGCGCUUUUGAAUAUUUUUUAAUUAAUAUAGGUAGGUAUUUUAUGCUGUUUGAAAUUGUUAAAAUUUGUAUUUCUGUUAUUAAUUUUAAAGCAUAUUGUAAAACUGAUAUUACUUAAUUUUGUAAAACUGUAUAAAAUGAAUAAAUGCUGAUAAUGGCUGUAAUAUCAAAUAUGUAAUAUAAUUAUAUUUGAGUUGUUUUAAUGUUUUUGCAUGUAUAAUGUAUACUGUAUAUUUUAUAACCUUAAUAAAUUACAAAUAAUUCAA